UAUGUAUUGUAAAGAGAAUGAAAAGGAAUUAAAAUAGAUGUAAAUAUUAUUAAUAAGAAUAUUUUAAUAUUUAGUGGUGGUGGAUUAUAUGAUUAAGAAGGAAAUCAGAUAAAGAUUGGAAAAUGGGUUGAAUUAGAUGAAAAGACUAAUGGUUAAGAAUAAAUCACCUAUAAUGGUGAAUACAAUCUAAAUGGUAUGAAGGUA